AUGGCGGGGUUUGAAGGUUCUGUUAAAGUCAGAAUUGAAGGAAUUGGGUUGACUCUGUUUGUUUUUAUUAUCUUAAAUCUUAAUUAUAAUUAA